AUGGCUGCUCUGGAUGACAAAAAUCAGACCAUUAGUAUUCGACUGAAUGGGAACAACUACUCCUAUUGGUCCUCUAUAAUGCAAAAUUUCCUACUUGGUAGAGGCCUAUUGGGCUAUGUAACGGGUUCUACUGAAAAACCAUCUGAUUCUAAGAUGGGCACCUAUGAUGCUGAAAUAAGUAAAUGGGAAAUGAAAAAUACACAGGCUAAGAGAAAAGCACCUAAUCUUGUGCUUGUUACAGCUUUAAGGAGAUGGCGCAUUGAAAAGCAGAGAGAGCUGUGUUGUCUUGCUUUGGCAGCUCAUAGAGCUCUACUUGCUCCACCUGUAGCAACAGCUCUACCUGCUCCACUUGCACCACUUGGUCCAGCAGCUCCACCUGCCCCACCAGUUCCACUAGCAGCUUCACCUUCUCCACCUGCUCCACCAACUCCAGCAACUGCAGUAGGUCCACCACCAAAUCCACCAGCUCCAAUAGUUCCACCACCAGCUCCAACAGCUCCACCAGCAUCACCAACUCCACCAGCACUACCUGCCUAUGGUGGUGAUGAAGAAGAAGAUCCAGAAGAAGAUCCAGAAGAAGAAGAAGAUCCAGAGGAAGAUAUAGAAGAAGAGCCUGAAGAAGAUCCAGGGGAAGAUGCAGAAGAAGAGCUUGAAGAAGAGCCUGAAGAAGAUCCUAAAGAAGAGUAUGAUCCAAUAGAUGAUGAGGAAGAGGAAGAGACAGACUAA